AAUUAAAACAAUAAAUAAUAAUAAUAAGAACCCUUGCUUCCCGAAUUCUCUCCCAGUUUCCUUUAGCUCGAGGAAAGAUGUUUUUCUCGGCAAGGACAUCUUUUUGCCGAUAGACUUCAAGCUAUUUUCAUCCCAAAAAAUAAAUAAAUAAAUAAAUAAUAAAAGGAUAGACCUCUAUCUAUUACGCUUACCUAUUCCUAUAAUUUUUUUUUUUUUUUUUCACUAUGGGUUUAUAUAGGGCAAAUGGGCAACAGGGAAGGAACUACUCGACGGCUCGAUGUUCGUGACAUAUUCGGGUUUUGUAAAAAUAUAAUAUACAAUAAUUGAAAAUUAAAAAUAAAAAUAAAAACCGUCAAAUUGGGAUUCAGUUUCUGUAAAACCAAAGCAAAAACUCAUGUUUUAGAAUCCAGCAGUUGCUAAUGGUCAAUCGGUAAUCUUGUGUUUGAAGAAGAUGGCGAACGAGAAUACCCAAAUCUAUCACGAGAGGCAGCGACUUCAAUUCUGCCUCUUGCACUCCCUUAACAAUCUCUUCCAGAAUUAUGUUUAUAAACAGCAAGAGAACGCGUUUACUCGAGCAAGUUUGAAUGAGAUUGCUGACAAGCUUGUUGUUGAUGAUACCGACAAAGAAACUUGGACACCAUUAUCUAUACUCUUUAAGCCUCAUCAUAAUACAAUUACUGGAAACUAUGACAUUAAUGUUUUGAUUUCUGCUUUAGAAGGGAAAGGGAAGAGUGUGAUUUGGCAUGAUCGUCGAAAUGGAGCUUCUUCCAUUGAUCUAGAUGGGCCUGAAGAUGGUUUAAUGGGUAUUGUGCUUAAUGUUCCGGUUAGAAGGUAUGGUGGGCUUUGGAGAAGUAGGCAUUGGGUCACUUUAAGAAGGAUUGAUGGGAUGUGGUAUAAUUUGGAUAGUGAUCUUGCUGUUCCUCAGGCUUUUAAAGAUACUGAAGAAGUUAAGAAAUUUUUGGAUUACAUCAUUGGGAAUGGUGGGGAGAUUCUGCUUGUCAUGAAUGAUAAUCGGUGAUUUCGCCUUCUUGGAAUUAAGUUUGUAAUGGACUGUCUAAGUCUCUGACAUGCUAAACUGUUCUGGUAGUGAUUGAGAUUUAGGUACAUUUAACUGAAGAAAAUUGUUCCAUCUUUAAGUUUGUUCCUGAGUCGUCUUUUUAUGCUAAAGAAUGUCCAUAUUAUGGAACAGUAAUAGGAAAUGUUAAGAUGAAUUUAGAAGGCGGGGAAAAUCUUGUUAAUGUUUCCACAAUCAUUUUGUUUUGUGAUCUUGAUUCCUGGGGAUUAUGAAAAGCCAGAAUUUUCAGGAAAGCCAGAAUUUAGAAGCUAGUGAGGAUCUUGUUAAUGGAAAGAAAUAUUACAGUUCUUAGGUGGUUAUGCGGAUUAAUAUGUGUACUGUCAACUAGCUUAAUUAAAAAGAAGGUGGUUGAUGAGGAUGCGCAUCUGAAGCUAAGUUUGAAAGAAUUUGAUUGUGCUUCUUUGACGUGUUGAUAGUCAGUGCUACGAACUAUUGGCCUGUCUUGCUUCUGCUGCUUUAUGCUCUUUUGUGAAAUCUUGUUAAUGAAUUUUUUCAUGUGGUGAAAAUAUGAUGGUCAGAAAGACCUAAAACCUUUCGUUCUGUUUUAUAUGUUUCUUGAGAUUUAAGUGCUGCAUGUAUACGCGUGUGUGUGUGUGUGUGUGUGUGUGUGUGUGUGUGUGUGUAGAGAGAGAGAGAGAAAGGCUACGGUGCAGUCCGUCCAUAUACAAAUGCACACCAAAGCCGAUGUUUUUUUUUAUUUUUUUAAACGUCAGCUUCGGUACGGAUCCGCAUGCGGAUGGACUGCACCGUAACCUCCUCAUAUAUAUGUAUAUAUGUAUAUAUGUAUAUAUUUAUAUAUAAGUAGGCUCUAUUUUUCUUGA